GCCGGGACUGGAGGGCUGCUUGAAACUCGACUGCAGGUCUGCCGAUGGAAGUCGGACAGUGUAACUCGCUCUAGCGUUCUUUUUUUCCCUCCCCAGCAUGCAUGGCUUUUGUUUCUAGGAGAGGGGACAGAGCUGAUGCAGAGAAAAGCACUUACCUUACACACUGUACUUGGGAGCCCUUUGUAAGCGCCCGGGUGCUCAGUGUGGCACUCAGUCUGCGCUCUGCAGCUGUAUAGACUAUGUUCAGUCACCCCACGGCUGAAUUAAUUUUAUAACAGAAGGAAGAGACUGAGAGAGACUGGGUAUCCAGUGGAGAGUGGGCUGUUCUGUACGUGCUGUUUUAACACCUACAGAACCUGGAAAUUAAACUUUUUUUUUGGUAACACACAUCUAGCCUUUUUAAGGCUACACUGGACUGAACUGUUGUCGAGUUUAGGCUAUUGCACAUCUCAGGAGUGAAUUAUUUCUUGCGCUUUUUUUUCUCGGCUCAAACUGCGAAGAGGGGGAGAAAAGAGCUGAGUUUGCUUUAAAGUGAAUCGGAGGACCAAGGAGAGAGGGAGAGAGAAAGAGCAAGUACUCCGCUCUCCCUCUGUGUGUCUAACUGGGCAACAUGGUACAGAAAAUGAGCCACACAGAGAGCACCGCCGAGGCGCUGUCCUUUUUCGCCGGGGAUUCGAGCUCCGACUCCGGGGCGUGCAUGGAUCUGGACCCGGCCGCCUCGCCUCUCUCCCCGGGCUCCACAGCUUCAUCGACUGCCGGGGACAAGCUGGGAGACAACCCGGCAUGGUGUAAAACUCCCAGCGGCCACAUCAAGAGACCCAUGAAUGCGUUCAUGGUGUGGUCACAGAUAGAGAGGAGGAAGAUCAUGGAGCAGUCUCCGGACAUGCACAACGCUGAGAUCUCCAAGAGGCUGGGGAAGCGGUGGAAGCUGCUCAGAGACAGCGACAAGAUCCCCUUCAUCAGAGAGGCGGAGCGGCUCAGGCUCAAGCACAUGGCGGACUAUCCCGACUACAAGUACCGGCCGAGGAAGAAGGUAAAAUCAAGCGCCUCCAAGCCUGGCAGUAACGGAGACAAGGGAGAGAAACUCAACAGUAGCUCUAACAACACCAGCACUAAGACAUCCUCAUCUUCGAGGAAGAAUGGAUCCAAAUCACCCAGCAGCAGCAAACCCCACAAAUCACUUUUCGGGAGCAGCAGCAGUAGCACCAAAGCAUCACCGUUUGCCUCUGAGCACCCAUCAGAGCACCAUCACAACUCUCUCUACAAGUCGAAAUCAGUCUCCUCAGCAGCCAAGCAGAUACCGGAUGGCAAGAAACCCAAGCGGGUGUACGUCUUCGGGAGCAGCGGGGCCAGCUUGAGCGUCAGCCCCGCAUCCUCCGUUGUGGUCCCGGCUAGCCCGACGCUCAGCAGCUCGGCGGACUCCAGCGACCCUCUCAGCCUGUAUGAGGACGCGGCCAGCGGCAGGGAGGACGGAGCCGACUCCCCCGGCAGCAGCGGCAGCCUGGGCGGGUCUUCGGAGCGCCACGGCGGGCACACAUACAGCAGUCGGCGUGCUUCCUCGCCUACUCCCUCCGGCUCUCAUUCCUCCGCCUCGUCCCACUCGUCCUCUUCCUCGGAGGAUGAAGAGUUUGAGGACGACUUGCUCGACAUUAACCCGAGCCCCAGCUUUGAUAGCAUGUCGUUGGGGAGCUUCGGCUCCUCGGUGCUGGACAGGGACUUGGAUUUGAACUUUGAGUCCGGCUCCGGGGGCUCGCACUUCGAGUUCCCCGACUACUGCACGCCCGAAGUCAGCGAGAUGAUCUCCGGGGACUGGCUGGAGUCCACCAUCUCCAACCUGGUGUUCACGUACUGAGCGAGCAAAAGGCAAAACUAUGACCACAAACAGAAACGGGAGUUCCUGGUGCAGUGGGCUUAAAAGUUUGUGUUAUAACUACACCAGAGUAAAAACCCACUGAAACUAGCCCUCGUCCAUAUAGGCAAGAGCUACAAAUCCUUGGAAAGGUAAACUUUAAAGCGAAUAACUUGCUUUUUGUAGCCUACUUUUCUUUGGAUGCGAGGACUGGGGACUUGCUUCAACCACAGUAGUGGAGGGAGUGCAAACAAGAGAAGGAGAGACUGACUGGGUUUCCUGACAGUGAAACGCUCAGUCCUGAACUGUUUUUUGAACUGAACAACUUAACUGUGAUUGAUUUUGCACGUUAUGCGGUCCGCCGUUCACUUAAUCAAUGUUGUUGCUGAUUUAAAAAAAAGGGACAUUUCACAACUUUUUACCAAUCGCCAAGUGAACUUCACCACUAAAAAGGUACAGAAAUAGGACUGUCGUGCGACAUUUUUAUUGUGGUGUGACACCGAGAGGGAUUUUUAAUGAAACCGAGGUGGGUUGAUGUUUUUUAAAAGUCGAAUAUUUUCUCAAAAGCAAAAAACAUGUUAAGCAUGAUAGCCUACUUUGUUCCUAUCUUGUGCUGAGAUUUUCUGUGAGACUGUCGAGCAGUUUGAAAUUUAGUAUUAGGGUUAUUUAAAUGGAUAGGUGGCGCUCGCUUUCGGUUCUUCUCUUUAAAAAAAAAGGACAUUGAAAUAAUCACCAGCUGUUGUAAAUUUUCAGACUUCAGGAUUCAAACGCAACUUCAAAUCUGUGCUGAACUUUAUACACGUGUUCUCUUCGAUUCAGGACCAAAAUUCUUUCAUUUCAGAUGAUAGAUAUAGAGAAAUCCUCACCGAUUUUUUUCAUCCUCUGAGCUUUGUUUUGUACAUGUAUUCAGAUGCCAUUUUAUAUGGGAUGUUGUAUUUAUAUACUGGGCCAAGCAUUUUUGACUUGAUCAUUUUUUUAUUUCUUGUAUACAUGAUCUAGUCCUGUUUUUUUUCCUACACGGUUGUUUGUCAGUAUGUCUGUGUCUGUCACAUUUCCUUCUCAGGCGAAGGGCUAGAGUUUUAAAAACACACAACUUUUGAUUUCAUUUUAUAUUUAAAUGUACACACUUUUUUGGACACUUAAAAGAGAGGAAACAGUUUGAUUAUUUUCUCAGUGUAUUUUUGUACAAAUCUAUAUAAAAAUGGGGGAGUCAACAAUCGGUGUGUGUAGCCUACUACAGCUGUGUUGGAUUUCCUAAUUUUUAGUACCCCGGCAGGCUGGCUUUUACGCUGCCUUCAAGUGCUCAUGGUAAACUCGUACUUAUUUUUUGGUUGCCUGUUCAAAAGCAUUUCUAAGACAGCUAGCAAAACAGACCUUAUAUCACUGUGGUGCCUAUUGUUUGAUUUUAGAAAUUAAAGGCACCAAGCUACUUUUUACUUAAGUGACAGAGCAGAGGAGAUAAUAUGAAUCAGGUGUGUAAUUGGUGUUUUAAUUGAUUAAUUUUAACACUUUACCAGCAAAUACUUACAAAACGUCUUUAAUGUCCAAUCCCAGAACAUCCCCUAUUGUCAGUACAGGCAUGAGAUACUUAACCACCCACUUACAAUGAUGCAAAUACGAUUUUUCCGACAGCACUUGAAAGCAGCACCAGUCUUUGUAUCAGCCUACCUUCUACGUUUACAGUGCCAGUCUGCAGGCUCCUUAAAGACACAGGAAUGCAUUAUUUCUAGAGGCUUUUCCUGUGGACCAUGUGGGUUUAACAGCGUCACUAUCUUAAGCACCCACUUGCUUUUGCAUUUCCCGUCAGAUAUCUUGCCUAUGACAACAAAUAAGGAGAUUGUAGCUUUAAAUUUGACUUAUUUCUUGAUGUUUUCAUUAAUUGAUGUCAAAUUUGCCAAUCAACCACUGGAUUGAACAGGCUAUCAAUACAGCAAGCAAACAACAAGGAUGAUAACAUCAAGCAUAUUCAAAUUUCUGACUUGAGUUCCGCAACACCUACUUGUACUGCGUUUCUCAUUGUAUUUGAAUAUAUAAUCUUUUCUACUUGUCGGCUAACUAUUAGCUAAUAAUUGUUUUAGUAUCUUUAUGGCAUGGUGAAUAGCAUUUGUAUUUCAGAUUCAGGUUAUUAGCUGUUGUGUUUUUCAGAAAAAAUGAAAAAAUGAGGAAAAAUGAUGAAACGUGAACUCGAUCUUUGUAUAUUUGACUGUAUCAUAAAGCAAAAAGAUUGUGUGUUUAUGUACGUUGUUGCUAUUGAGCACAGGCACUGUCUAGAACUGCUAUCUUUUACACAUCCUUACUUACAUUUAAGGUGGUCAGUUCAGGACUUUUUUAUAUAUAUAUGAAAGCAUUUUUAAAUAUAUUGACUUUAUUUUUCAUCCAUCCUGUGCAAUAUGCUGUGUAGAAUUAUCAUUUAUUGUCUCUAAUCAUGCCAUAAACAAAGGAACCACCCUUUUUUUGAGACUCAGAGAAAGGGGGGAAACUCAUGCCAGCUAAAUUGUGUCCAUUCACUGCCUGUCAGAUUGUUGAUAUAAACUUGUGUACAGAACUUUUUCAAGGAAGGAAAUAAAUAUCAGCUGGAACUGAAA